AUGAAUACUCUGCAGAUAUAUCCUGCUCCCGAGAGGGAUAACCCGGACACGAAUGAACAACCGCGGAAGAAACGUCGCAAAUACAUCGCCAGAGCCUGCACUGAAUGUAAACGUCGCAAAAUUAAAUGCAAUGGCCAAACACCCUGCCAGCGUUGCGGACGCCAGCAUAUUGAGUGCAUUUACGUUGAGAACUCUCGAGAAAGUCCCGGCGAACAAGACAACUUCAAGCAGCUUUUUGAGCAAAUGAGAGCCAUGCAGGACCAUAUUACCCAGUUGUCUGUUAGUAUUCGGUCAAUAGCUAGCAGCGAGCAUUCUCCUGGUGUUUCCGCUACCGGCACCUAUCAGCUCCCUACCCAACGUUCACUCAGGCGCUUGUCAACGACUAAAGAGAUGUCAUUCCAAGGCCCGACAACAUCUGCCUUUAGUUUCGACCUUGCAAAAUCCAGCUUGCAACAGCGUGGAAUUGUGGAGCGUGCCGAGGCUGGCGACGAGGGCGAGAUGACCCGAGAACCUUCACCACUGGCAUCGCCGUCAGCUCCAAAUGAGGAGCCUGGCACGCGCCAGACCAUCGAUCCACUUUGGGUUCUUCCGAAAGCCGAGGCACUUCGCCUUUGCCGAGUCUAUGAGGAGGAAAUGGGCAUCAUGUACCCGAUUCUGGAGCUUUCAGAGAUUUUGGAACAUGUCCACCUGCUCUACGGCCCGAUGGACCGCGUACUUGGACCGACCCGUCAACCCGGGAACAAUGGACUGGUUCGCGAAGAUGUCCAUAUUCUGCGCGUAGUAUUUGCGUGCGCAUUGACAGCCGAAGCCCGUGGUCGGAGUGAACAGGCCAUUGCUCUUUUUGACAGUGUAAGAGAAGUUCAGGACAAUUGUGUUUGGGGUCCGCCCGACAUCAAGAGCAUCAUAUUUUUGACUCUCGUGUCAAUGUUCUAUUUUCAAAUGGAUGAGGAAAUUUUGGCCUGGCGCACCGUUGGUAUUGUUGAGCGCAUGUGUCUCGAGAAAGGUCUACAUCGACGGGAAACUUUGAAUCAACCGGCCAUCACAGCUGUGGGGAAGGAUCGCGUUCUGCGACUCUUCUGGUCUAUAUACAUUCUGGAUAUGCGCUGGAGUUUCGGGACUGGCAUGCCAUUUGCUCUGGAGGAUACAGAUAUUGACCCGUGGCUGCCAGAGCCCGACGAGAAGACACCCUACCUGCGCGUGAUGAUCCGGUACAGCCGGAUUGCAGCGAAGGUAUGGAAGUUCAUAUCAGCAUUUAACAACACGAACGAAAUUAGAAAGGAAGAGAUGAAUUAUCUAGACUGGCAGGUGCUGCGUUGGGUGCACGCCAUUCCAGACUCGUUGCGGCUCGAUCAUCCAAGUUCUGCGGAGUCUGAGACUGCCAUUGAAGGCUCACGCAGCUUGCGCAGACUGCGUGCCCUACUGUAUCUUCGUGCCAACCAGCUCCGCAUGCUCAUACAUCGUCCUGUCCUUCAUACUUCAGCACAUGUGAUGCGGUAUCCUGGCGAGUCAGAGACCGUGGUGGAAAUUGCUAAAGACACAAUUCGCUUCAUUACCCGCUUGAACGAUACAUCGGACAUCUACCAAUUACAGCAGGUGGCAUUUAAUUGGUUCCUCGUCUCGGCCCUCGCAGCUUUAUUCCUGGCAGUAGCUCAGGCUCCAACACAAUUUAGUGGGUCAUGCAAGGAGGAGUUCUACUGGGCAUUGGAGCUGGUCAAAGGAGUCUCAACCCAAUCUUAUAUCUCUCGCCGGCUAUGGAAGUCUAUUCGAAGUCUCCGUAAGCUUGGUCCUCAACUGGGGCUGGGGGUCCAGAAAAAGCGCCUGGAUAUCGAAACUAGAGCCGAAAGUGAACGUAUAAAUGUUAACGACUCUCCCCCAUUGCCCCAAUCUGCCAGCACCCACAGUCAUACACCGCAGGAUGGGGAACAAAUGACACAGGAGCUGAUGGAGUGGUUUGAAGCAGUGGGAAAUCUGGAGGAUCAAAUCAUGGGGAUGGGAACCGGCCCUGUACCAGAUGGAGGACCCUACCAGCAGAUGCCCGACGGGGGUUUUGUGUUUGAUUACGGUGAAGAACUGUCGAGUGUGAUGAAAGAUUUUUUCUGA